AUGAGGUUGUAUUCUAGAACUCUGAGCGCCUUUGUUUUGGUGAUAUUCACACAUUCUCAACAGCAUGUAGCAAAACGCCGGAGCUUCUUAUCGGAUUUAGAGAAGAUUAAUGAUUUCGUCUCAGACCGCAUUGACGCCCUGAAAAGCAUCCUCAUGUGCGUCGAUGCUCCUGGACCACGACAGAAGAUUGGUAUGAAGUAUCGAAAUUUACCGAGGUCUUUGGACAUGAAAGGAUAUAAAGCAUCCUUGUAUUCAACUGAGGAGAACUCGUGGUUUGAUAAGAAUGGAAAAGUGCGUUUCGAUGGAGCUGACAUUGAGAUAUUGCGUGAGCUACGCAAAUUGGGAAUUCACUGGAUUCCACCAACAAAAAAAAUUCAGGGAAAAUUUCAAGUGAUCGAGGAUGUUUCACUACACCCAGUUUCCCUCGCUUCCUGUUGGAAUUCGGAAUGGAUCAAAUCAAGAGAAUUCACUGUUGUGAUAAAACAGUCCGAUGAUUAUCUGGUGGUGCGGAGAGCUGGGCGCGUACCCUUUGGACUGGUGCUGCUUCUGCCCUUGGAGACGGCAUCCUGGUACGCAUUGGUUGCUACCAUAUUUCUAUUGGUGCUGGCUUGGAUGACGGUUCGAACAGUUCGUCUUCACAUAAUAGGCGUUAUUGCUGCACUCAUUGAUAUUCAGGAGAUAGUAUUAACAGGAGGUUUAUCAAGGACACUACAAUGUGCAUCACAACGCAUCGUUGUUCUCUGCGGAAUUCUGUUAAGUAUCGUAGGAGGCAAUGCUUACACGGGUCUUUUGCUUGGAUUUUUGACAGUCCCUCAAUACUUCAAUGAACUUAAUACCAUAGAAGAAGCUAGAGGUGCAACUGACCGCUUAUACAUUGUUUCAACCUACAAAGAUUUGCUUGAACAGAGGACUGAUCUUCAAAAAAUAGUAAAAAAUAUUACAGUUAUAAAAACGACAGACGAAAGAGAUGACGCCAUUAAAGACAUUAUUCAAACAGGAAAAGCUGCUACUAAAGGCCCCUGA